AAAUGUCAAAUAAAUUCCCAAAAACACCUGAUGUAACAAGAUCAGUCCACUAAAUAACUUUAUUAUCGGUAAAAACUACAGAAAUACCAUGGUUCGAGUCACAUCUUUACUUCUGCGGGUGCCAGCAAUAAAGUUUCGCAAGGGAGGUGUUCAGUUUUCACCUGCAACCCCUGGAGUAUCAAUGCCGUCCUCGCAAGCAGCAGCAAGCCCACGGGCACAAGCCGCAGCAAUGAGCAGCGUAGCCAUUUCGGACGUUGAUCUACCUCCACGGUACAGAAGACGACCCUUGUCUCAAGAGGAAAUAGACAUCAUUAAUGGUGGAGGUGUGGCUUAAUACAAAUAUUUCAGGAUUGUACUUUAUUGUUCAUAGCAACAAAUUACUGGUAAAUAAUUUAUUUAUUUGUAGACCAAAUAUCUAUUGUUAGACACAUUCUAAGUCUUUAAAUACAUGUUAUAAAAAUA